UGCGGUGCGGGGAGAGGUGCCAACUGACAGCAGGAUUAGCAGCUCGGGGACUUUAAAAGCGGGAUCUCGGACCGGGUGAUGAGAGAAAGACCAGAGAGCAGAGGAACAGACGAGCUCAUCACACCGCUUCUGAAAAACACCGAACGAGAAGUGACCAAACAAAAUGGCAGACGUCGCAACUCCUGCUGAAAAAAAGGCCCCUCCCAAAUUCAAGCAGAGGGCCGCUCGUACCUUCAAAAGCAAGGCCCCUAAGCCAGGCCAGAAAGGUUUUGGGGACGAUAUCCCGGGCAUGGAGGGUCUUGGCACGGACUUCUCGGUGGUCUGCCCAUGGGAAGCCUUCGGGGACAUGGAGCUCAGCGACCUGGCCAAAUAUGGAAUCGUUUAGCCCUCCCUCCUUUGCCUUCGCCCUGCUUGCCACUGUUCUCCCCCAUGUGGCCCUAAUAUUGACUGACAGGCCAGUAAUCUAUUACCUUCAUGUUGAACAGAUCAAGCAGCUCUGGAUGUUGUAGAGGUUUGACCUGGAAACAAAAGAGGAAUCCCUCAUGCACUUUAUUUUAUUCCCUCCCCGUCCACAUGUGUUUUUUUUUUAUCUUGUAUUCCUCUCUAGCCCUGUCCUCCCUAUCUUUCUCUUCCUUGUAUCUAUAGUUCUUUCAAGCGCAAAGGGAAGAAAACUGAUAGAACGUUCUCCGUGUAUUUUUUACGUUAAAAAAAAGGACUUUAAUAUCUGUUACUGUGAUAAAUCAGGAGUAUUUCGACCUUCUCCUCUCACACCCAUUCUCUCUUCGAGGCUGCUGGUUCACCAUGAACAAAUGCCUGUCGAUGUACAGCCUAACUUCAUGUUGGUCUUCCAUCAGAAAUAUGUAAACCACAUUAUGCUUUCGCAUAAGAGAGGAACGUCCCCUCUGUCUGUGUCGAGAAAAACAGCUGCAGCAAAAGCAAUAAAUGUGAGUGCUUUCCGCAAAA